AUGUUCAGGCCAGAAGAUGAAGAGCCAUCUGUCACAGCCGAGGCCACGCCGAAGCUGAGUAUGAGGGACAAGCCUCCUCUGGUCGACAGGCUGUGUCCAACGUGCAGCCGACUCAAUCUCUCCGCAGAAAAGUUCGUGUCAAAACAUCACACAGAAAACACUCUCUCGGGACGUCUUGCAGCCCCAUUUGAUUCCGUCGGGUUACAACCUCAGGACUUAGGCUACCUCGACGAAAUUUACAGACGAAUGGACAGUUGCUCGCUUUGUUGGCUUCUGUUUCACGCUGUCCAUCUUGAUGAAUGGCAUUUGAGUAGCGCAUCUACCGGGAGCCGGUCUCGUGCGGCCCAAAUCUCCAGAGGCGACGGUUGGACCAACGAAGGCACACGGGUUCGCUGUUCCGUCGAGUGGUUGUUGGAUGGUCGUCUUCUGGACGACCCGGGGUCCGGGAAGAGGCACCCACCGCCGACCCGCCGCUUGAAAGUCUUCAGUCCCGCGGGGCUCUUCACGGAUUCAUAUAUCAUGCUUCUGUCUCCCGAAUCGACGUCUCCGUCCACUGAAAGGACAUUCUUGGCUCGUCAAAUACCUCCUGACCAAGCAAGCAUAGCUCUUCUUCGACGCUGGCUCGACAUUUGCAAGACACACCACGUCAGCGGAUGUCGGCCUCAUCAAACGCCGCACGAAACUUUUGAGAUGCUUGAGAAUCUCAAGUUUAUUGACUUGGAAAACAAAGCGGUCGUUGUUAGCUCUCGAAGCGGUGUUCGAGUUACGGAAUACGCAACUCUUAGCUACGUGUGGGGCCUCGGUCGACAGCUCACCCUAACUCAUGAGACUCUCACCGAAUUCAGUUCAAAGGGUUCCUUGAAGCUUGACAGGCCUGAUCUUCCAAAGACUGUCCGCGACGCCAUGAUUCUUGUUAAGUCAUUGGGUAUCCGGUACAUCUGGCUAGAUUCCCUCUGUAUCGUCCAAAACGACACCAACGAGAUGCAGCGCAUUCUCCCGAUGAUGGACCGUAUAUAUGGAAACUCGGUUCUCAAUGUUUGCGCCGCAGCCGGUGACGGCUCUAAUUACGGAAUCCCGGGAUCGCCUGCGAGUCCUCGAGCAGCUUGGCAACCGAUAGUUCAAUGUGCAGGGUUCGAACUUGUGGCAACCAAGACCGUUGAGGGUCUCAUCGAAAACACUGCCUGGAACAGCAGAGCGUGGACCUUUCAAGAGAGGAUGCUCUCCAAACGAUCCAUGAUAUUUGUCGAGAACAGAGUCUUCUUCCAGUGUCGUGAAGCAACGUGGUCUGAGGAGGUGUUUUCGGAGGCGUUGGCCUCGUCAUGGACUUUGGAGAUGAUUCGCUCACCCUUGAAGUCAUUCGAGAAGAACCCGGUCCGGCUCUAUGUCGAGUAUGUCGAGCUUUUCAGUGGCAGACUUUUGACUUACGAAGCCGAUCGGUUACGGGCGUUCGAGGGGAUUUCGGCUAUGCUCUGCGCUCCACUCCGAGCCUCCUUCUUUUACGGACUGCCCGACUCCUAUUUCGACUUUGCACUACUGUGGGAGAAGAAGACGCCUGGGCGGAGACUUAAAGACCUGGGCGAAGACAGGAUCCCUAGCUGGUCAUGGAGUGCCUGGCUCGGCGCCUCCAUUUGGCGCCUCUCCAUGAUUUCCGGCACAUUGCUAAACCUUCACGAAUGGUUAGAAUCCCAUACAUGGGUCGUGUGGUAUAAGCUGAAGCAAACGACACCCACUGAGUCAAAUCUCAUACCCGUGUGGUCGGCCAGCCAGUGCCAUCCCAGACCAAGUCGCUGGCACGGGUACGCUAGGGAAAACGCAGAGAGCAGGCCUUUCGGACGACGACAACCACCGAUCUCGGAUGACGCCGAGACGAAACCCAUCAUGCCAACCACAAGCAUUCUGAAGAAGGAAUGCCUCUACUUCUGGACGUACACCGCCUUCUUCCGGCUGUCCUGCCAGAGCCGCACCGGCCCAACCUUCGCCUCCAAGCUGGAGCCGGGCCUCCACCGCUUCGGCCUACUGGACGCCCACGGAGACUGGUGCGGCACCAUCAUCCUGGAGGACGAGUGGUCCGACAGCGUGGGCGAAGUUGUCGAACUUGCGGCCAUCUCCGAUGCCCGCGACUUCUCGAUGGAGGAGCUGGACACGUGGAACUACUACGUCCCCGAGGACCGCGAGGCCUCCGAGUGGCGACUAUAUUACGCCUUUUUAAUCGUUUGGGACGACCGUCACAUCAUUGCCGAAAGGGCUGGGCUCGCCAAGGUUUACCAGCGGGCCUUUGAGCUGGCGUCGUUCGAGCCGGGGAAGGCGUGGAGAGAGAUCACCUUAGGGUGA